AUGAAGAGACUUCCCAGCCUGAAAAGAGUACAGGGGAACUAUUGUGGUGAACACAGGGACAUUCCCAUUGAAUGUGUCAUGGAUAAUCCUACUACCUCACAGUAUGCCAACCUCAUGCACAACUUCAUCUUGAAGAGCACCAUGUAUGAAAUUGAAUCCCAGAAUGAUCUCAUCUUCUUUAAAAUUUGCUUCACAUACACACACAAUGAAAUUAUUGUUUCACCAGAUAAGACUAUUUCCUGA